AAAGGCCCAAUAGAUUGGUAUAUAUAAACACACGACAGCGGACAGCCUCCGGUGUAGUUUCAUUUUCCUUUUUGUAUCAGAAGGCUGUGCGCACAGAAGAAGAAAGAAGGCAGAAACAAGUCCCCCAGUUCUGGAACUUGAUACAAGAUGAGAAAGGCUCGGAAAUACGGACAAGAGAAAGAGGUGGAGGCUGAGACUAUGCUAUUGCUUGCCUCCACCAACAAUGAGUCGAAAUCGGUUAGAGCCGAGCACGGGAGGAAGCGAAAGAGGAAGAGAAAAAAAAAAGGGAAGGGUCACACAAAAAGAGUGAGUGAGUGACCAUUUUGGCGCGAAGCCAAUAGAAGGAUGGCCGUUGCGCUCCCCUAUAAAAUCCCUCACUUCCACUUCACUCUCUCUCUCUCUCUCGCCAUACUCCUCCUUCAACCUUCAACGCGACUGAGACAAGCAGACGCAGACGCAGACCCUAAGUGUGAUUACCGAAUGGCAUCAAGUAGAGGAGAGCAGGGGGGAACCAGGCGAAAUGUGGAUAUCUCGUCAUCAACCCCUAAGUCCGUUCUCUCUGCCAAUGCCACACCACCAGCUGGGGUAGCAGUGAGGAAUGUGGGUCAGACACACUCACGGAAGCCUGUAAAGAGGGGUUCAUUUCUUUUAUCUCUAACAACAGGAGGUGGUGGCAUGGGCCCAAAGCUGUUUGAUGCUGAUGCUGAAUCCCAGAUAUAUCGUAAUGUCUUCAACAAUCAUCAUGGGAAGCUUGUCCGGUCAACUGGAGGGGAUCCCUCGGAUGAAGAUGAAUACAACAAAGAUAUUGCCUACAUUGUUAGGGAGUACUUCCGCACUGGUAAUAUUAUACAGGCAGCAUGGGAGGUCAGAGGAAUGUCAAAUCAGUAUCAUCCUUACUUCGUUAAGGGACUCGUUUCCAUGGCAAUGUCCAGCGAUGAUGAGAAGAAGGAGAUUUCUUCAUCUUUGCUUUCAGCUUUGUAUGCUGAUGUCAUUAGCCCUGUGCAUAUUGAAGAUGGAUUCAACUUACUACUGCACUAUGCUGAUGUAUUGGAUGCAGUAGACAUUCUCCCUCUUUUCCUUGGUCGUGCAGUGGUUGAUUCUAUCCUUCCUUCAGACUUCAUCACCAGGGCAAAGGAAGCACUCCCAGAAUCUUCCAAGGGGUUUCAGAUCAUGCAGACUGCAGAGGAAAAUAAAAAUUUUCCUCCAUACAGUCCAAGUUUUGUGGGUAUCUGGGGUGGUAGGACGCUGAAUAUUGUUCAAAAGUUGGAGAAACAAAUCGAUUCUCUGUUGAUGGAAUAUACAAAAAGUAGAGACGCUCUCCUAACCUGUAAGGACAUAAGGAAGGUGGUACCUCCUUUUUAUGAACAUCACUUUGUUGCCUUUGCUUUAAUUGCUUGCAUGAAGAAUUGGAGAGAAGCACCACAUUUAAUAUGUCUAUUAAAGGAGGCAACUGGGGUAGGCGUGAUUAGUUCCUCUCAGAUGGUGAAGGGCUUUAUUCGAGUUGAAGAGAGGCUUGCUGUCCUUGUUUUGCAUUAUUCAUCAGCAGAAAAUAUGUUCCAGUCGCUGGUCUCCAAGGCAGUGUCUGAUGGUUGGCUGGAUAAUUCCCUCUUAGAAUCCUUUGGUAAAGAUUUUGCGAACUUCCCUAGAGAUGGCAUGGGGAUUGGCUCUCCCGUAGUGAUGACAGAUGACGGCUUUGGCAACACAAAUACGUUGACCAUUUUGGAGGAUGCUCAGUCGCAUCUUAAUAAGCACGACUAUGGUCUAGCUUGGGACCUGUUUAUGGAAGGAAAUCGAAAGGAUCCCCAUAAUAUCCACUUUUCAGAUGGUGCCCAGAGUUGCGCAUGGAAGAUAUUAGGAGCCAGUCCUCUGCGUUGGCAGUGGGUACUUUGGCAGAUUUUUAAUUCUGAGAAGUUGGUACAUAUCCUAGAAUGGGUUGCAAUUCUUGCAGACUGGAAGAGCUUUAGGGGUUUGACUCUAUUCUUGUCGGUGUUUCUGGUAGUUUGUCAUGUGUGCAGCAUCCGUAAACAGCAUGGACGCGUGAGGAUUGGAUUUACAUUUGGAAAAAUCUUACUAGCAUUUCUUUCGGGUAUUGUAGCUGUUAUUGGGUUGAGGGCUGACCCCGAGCGCACCACCCACCUUGAACAUCUUAGUCACUUUGUUCUACUUCCAGUGCACUUUCUGUUUCUUAUCUUUGCUUAUCGCUGCUAGGAAUAGUUAAGAGGGUGACUUCUGGAUGAGCUGCAGUAAGAAUAGUUAGAGGGUGACUUCUGGAUGAGCUGUAGUACGAAUGUUUGUGGUGGUUUAUGGUCUUUUAAAAUUGCACAAGAUCCAGUCUCAGAUCUUUUUGGUGGUUUUAACUCAGAAUAUAUACAUUCUUGUAAUCUCUUUGUUGUCUCUCGCACUUUGACAGAGUGAAAGCUUGUCAGGGAGCACAUAAGGAAUUUUUCAGGAUUGACUUCUCUUG